AAACUCACCAAAAACGUGAGCAUGUCUUCGCGACUGGUGCACGUUUUGCGCGCCGGAAAGCUUAGCUAUCAGCAAGGCAUCCGGUUGCAAGCGGCCGUCGUAGAUCGUGUGCGCAACGACGAAACGGCCACCAGGACGGGACACAUACUUAUCCUUACCGAGCACAAACCCGUCUACACCGUCGGCAUCCGGACAGGCGGUUACGGCGCUGAAGAGGAACGCCGCCUGCUCGCUCUCGGAGCCGACUUUGUGCGCACAAACCGGGGCGGAUUGAUAACGUUUCAUGGCCCAGGCCAGCUGGUCGCAUAUCCGGUGCUAAAUUUACGCCACUUUCAACCGAGUGUUCGGUGGUACGUGUGCCACCUCGAACGCACGAUCAUCGAACUGUGCCGACGGUACGGGCUGCCGGGAGCACGAACGACGCCGGAUACCGGCGUUUGGAUCGAUGACCGGAAGAUUUGCGCCAUCGGAAUCCACGUUAGUCGAUAUGUCACAUCACACGGACUGGCCCUCAAUUGUGACAACGAUCUCGGAUGGUUCCGGCACAUUGUACCGUGUGGGUUGACGGGAAAGGGCGUCACGUCGCUGGCACAGGAACUUGGUAGCACACGGCCCUCGAUCGCCACGGUAACGCCAGACUUUUUGCGUUGUUUCAGCGAUACAUUCGAAUGUGAGUUAACGGAAAUGGAUGAAACACUGCAACGUGAAUUACUCGAUCCAAGCCGGUCUGAAUCGGCAGGAUAAUUGCUCAACUGUUCUACUAAUGUUGAUGCAUUGUGUACCGUGUUUGUUUUUGACUCCUGUUUUUAGCUUUAUUUAAUAUUCGAGAAAUAAGUGCGUUUUAGCUGAAAACAGCUCUGUGCAAUAUAGCAACAAAGUAGCUUCUAAGCCUAAUAACACGAUCGUUUCACUUGAUUUGGUCAAUCGUUUUGUUCCUCUCGCAUUUUGGAAUAAAAUAAUUU